UGUAACUGGUUCUGUUAGAUGUUUUGUGCUUGUGAAAUUGCGCUCUUUGUUUUUAAUUUAUUAAAACUAUGUUUGUGUUAAAUAAAGUGGAUAAUGAGAGUGUAAAAUUCAUUUUGCUGCCGGUUAAGGCGACAUACACCGUCGGACGCUUGUCGACGGAUUUGAUAUUAUCCGAGGAUCUGAGCAUUAGUCGCACCCAUGUCAGCCUCUGUUUGUCUAGCAAUGAGCUCACCGUGGAGGAUCUGGGCUCCAGGUACGGUACUUUCAUCAACAGUGGCAUCGAAAAGAACAAGAAGAUGCCGGCAAAGACACCAACGCCUCUGCAAAUUGGCGAUAAAGUGCGCUUUGGGGCCCUCAAGAACAUCUGGCAGGUGUCACAGCUGAAGCUGACAACAACUGGAUCUGCCCUAGAGGGCAUGGGACUACGUGAAUUGGAUCAGCUGAUGAGGCCACUCGGUGGCGUUACAUUGCAAAGCUGGACAGAUGAGUGCUCGCAUCUGACCAUGGACACGGUGUCGAUUACAGCCAAACUGCUGCAUGCGCUGCUCGAGAAUAAACCGAUUGUUCGCGUUGACUUCUGGCGCGAGAUGUUGAAAUUCGCGCGGCGUAUUAAUGUCACCGAGGAUUGGCCACAAUCCGAAGACUUUGCGCCCGCCCAGCCAUCGGAUAUGCCCAGCAUCAGGUGGCGUUCCGAGCGCACCAAACUCUUUGUCGGCAUCACAUUUGUGUUCAUGAAUCGCAAGCAUCUCGAGAUGUACGGCUCGGUGGUCCAGAAGGCUGGCGGCCUGUGCAAGGAUCUCAAUUUGGGUGUAUCCAAGCGAUUUCUGACGAAAAAAAAUGUCGUCGUCAUACAAUAUGUGAGCUCAACUCAAUCGCAAGCCACCGAAACUAUUUCCAGUGUACAAGCUAUUUUGGAGCAGGCUGGACUGCGUUUGAUACCCGACUACGAGAUUGGACUUGCCAUCUUGAAUUGUUCGUUGGACAAGUUCUGUAAUCCAUCGCAUGUGGCAAUAGAGCACUCUGUGACCACAACGGAAUCAAUGAAUUCAUCGAUCUUGGUACCCAAUACGGAGCGCACUCAAACCGAACAUUGUAAUAAAAAUAGUGCAACCGAGUUUGUUGUCCCUGAAUCCCACAAAUCGCAAAUCUAUGGACUGAGUGUGGGUAGCGAGAAGCACGAAAAAUCGGAAUCAGCACCCAAGGAAAUGUCAUGCACCACAAGGCGGCGAAGCAAACGUAAUAAUCCCAUAUAUGUGGAUGACUCCUCGGAUGACGAUGACACAAAGGACGAGCAGCCCACAAAGAAAGUUAAAAAAGCACCUGAAAGUAUUGUCGUGGAGUCCUCAGACGAAGAACCAAUUGCACGACGAUCAAAGCGUAGAGUUGCUAAUGUUGUCGACUCUGACGAAGAUCUGCCGCUGGAAAAGAAAACCAAACAAAAUGCCAAUGUAGACAUCGGCUUGAGUCUGGAAGAUGAAGCAGCGCUAGAGAGUAUAGCCAACUCAGUGGAAACGCCUAUUGAUGAGAAUUUGGUUAAGAAUAAAUCAAAAGUCGAACGACAGAAAAAGACUCCAGUUAUUUCAGCCAGACGCUCAACUCGUGGCAAUCCACAGCCGCCGCAGGAGGACGAGCCGGCGGUAAUUUCGCCACGUCGUUCAAUGCGUGGUAAACCAACAGCAGCGAAUGUUAUGCGUAAUGAUAAAGAUGAUAGUUCACAGGACGAGGAACUGUUUCAAUUCGAGGCACAUACUUCAGCUGCAGUUGUCCCGGAUCGUGCAGUCUUCAAGCCAACUGAAGCUGACAUUGCAUCCAAUGACAAAUCAGCUGAUAAAUCGGUCAGCAAGCCAACUAAAAUUAGUGUGCGUAAUUUCCUAGAAAAGUCCCAAAAACAUGUUGCAACCCAAAAAGUUGUUGAGACUCCAGCUACAACGCAGCCUCGCAAGCGUCUGUGUCUGGAGGUGCUCAAGGAUAAUGACGGCGUCGAUCUUGAUAAUCUGUUCCAGUUUGGCAACAGCAAGAAGCCAAAGACAGCAUUUGGAGCAGAUAACAAUGAUGAGGACUUAUUCAACUUCAAGGAACGUGCUCAACAGGAGCAGAGCAAAUUGGAGCACAGCGAUGCCGAUCAAGAUUCGGUCUGCACAGAGCCAUUCAGACCGGAAACUAAAACGAAAUCAAGGUAUAUAGUGCCUAAGCCAAAGGAACUACCUCGAAAAAUAGAUACCAGUGGCUGGCUAUCGUGUAGCGGGCUACACGUGGAUGUCAAGCCGGAGCCCAAAUCAGAGCCGGAUACAAUGAAUGCUGAGACAGCUCAGCCAACCAAUAUUAAAGUGGAACUCGAUGAUGAUGCUUAUGAUGAGAAGCUGAACCAUGACAAAUGGCUAGCAGGCAUUAGGAAUGGCAUACAAGUGCGCAUGUACAACUUGAAUAUCAGUGUUCGCAGCCAGGACGAAACGGAUGCGGCGAAUAUAACUGCCAGCAAAUACAUUGGCCGCAAGAACUUUAAAAAGUUCAUCAAGACAAACAAUGCGCACCCACAGCAGCAAAUUCUGGGCCUGAAGCGAAUGCAGCUGGCCGACGGAAUCGUUGUGAAUUUGUAAGUGAUAAGUAUAAGCAUAUGUUCCGUAUUUAUCCUACUCUUGUUAUAUUUUGCUGCCAAUAAAUUUGCGAAAUAUGUUCAAA